AUGGCGCUCCUAUUCUACAGCAGGGCUGCGGCGGCCGGCGGUGGCGCACCAGACUAUAACUUCACCAUUACAACCUUUCCGCUGCUGCUGAACAAGACGGGAUGCACCACGCCGGCCGCCACGCUGGUGGCCAACUUCACGGUGUCCAGCGACCUGCGCAGCACCGAGAGGCUCAUGGUGACCACCUCGGUGCUCAUGACCAUGCUCGGCGCGGCUCUCUUCGUGCUCUGCAUCCUGGUGCGCCUCUCCGGGCGGCACCGCGGCCACUCGACCGCGACGCGCAUCUUCUUCCGCGCCUCCUUCGCGCUCUUCCUGCCCCUCAUGUCCUACAUGUACUCCCAGGCCCGCUCCAAGGACGCCCCCGCGCGCGCCGACCUCAUCCUCCUCUGGAUGCUCCUCGUCGAGCUCCUCCGCAAGAAGGUGUACGCCAUGGUGGCCCCCGAGGGCGACGCCUUCGCGCGCGGCGUCGGGCGCUACUCCUUCUUCGACGCCGUCGAGGAGGCUGCGCGCAUGGUGUGGAUCGGCUACCUCAUCUACUCGAAUGAACAACACGAUCGCGGAGCCGUCCUCAACUCCUUCUUCGUCAUCCUCUGGAUCUUCAGCGUCGCCAAGCUCUGCAAGCGGGCCACCUGCAUCGAGCUCGCCAAGCGCUCCUUCGACCUCGCCAAGAACGCCAGCCUCGUCUCCGGCUACAUGGCGCACCUCGUCCGUGCCAGACAGCAGCAUCUCGUUGAGCCAGCUGGAUCGCGAGGAGGCGCCCUGCGGUUUCCGGCCCCGGAGAUCGACAACAUCCUCGCCCGCCAGCGUGACCACCGACACGAUGACGUGCUUGUGGAGACGGUGGAGGUGGCGGUGACCGCGACGACGAAGCUGGUCCGCGUGUGCGACGUCUGGCAGCUCGCCGAGAGUGACCCAGUGUUCCGGUACCACGAGCGGCGUAAGCACAGGCUGCAGGACACGUGCCUGGGCCUGGCCCUCUUCAAGCUGCUCCGCCGAAGGAUGGAGGGCCACGCCAUGGUGGAGGCCUGCACGGAACAGGCGCGCGACCUCGUGCGCUACGGCAUCCUCGAGGUGCUCGGCGCGGAGCGGGCCUUCGACGUGGUGGAGCAGGAGCUCACGUUCCUGGACGAGUACUACCAGGCCAUCAUCCCGCUGGCGCUGCCCAAUCCCAAGCUCUUCGCUGCCAACUUCGCCUUCUCCAUCCUCUUCAUCCUCUUCUACUGCGUCGCCGUGCUGCUCGUCACCGGCAACGGCCACAUAUUCCACGUCCUGGCGUCCCUCUUCCGCGGCCUCGUGGCACUGUCCGCCGACAUGGUCCUCCAGUACAGGUGCUUCGUCCACCAGGCGUCGUUCCUCAUCGCCAUGGUGCUCUCCUCCUCCGACCUCAUCAUCACUUUCCUGCUGACGUUCACCCUCUUCACCGUCGAGACCUACGAGUUCGUGCAGUACCUGCUCUCCGACUGGCACCUCGCGUCGGUGCUCUGCAACUACGCCACCAAACCGGCCCUGCGGAAGCGCCCCGGCGUCCGCAAAGCCGUCAAGGCUGCCCUGUGGAUCAAGAAACGCUCCCGCCCCGUCAUCAAGAUGCACCAGUUCACCCUCCUCAAGUUCCACCAGCUCCAUCCGCGCCGGGUCUGGGUGCUGCUCUCCCGCCUGCUGAAGAGGCGCCUUGUCGGCCUCCCCGAUGUAGCCGUCACCACCGAGGCCAAGAAGGCCAUCGUCGAGGUCCUCAAGCUCGUCCUUGACCGCGCCGUCGACGGCCAGGGAGGACAAUUCAGCAAUGGCAGGGAGGCGUUGCGGCGCCGCAGCAAUGGCGCUUUGGGAUUCGAGCAGCUCGAGUGGGCGUGCGACGAGGCCGGGGGCGCCGCCACGGUGAUCCUGGUGUGGCACCUGGCGACGACGCUGCUCGAGGCGAGGGACGACACGGAGGAGCACCCGCUGCCGCCCGCAGGCGAGGCGGCCGUGACGCUGUCGAGGUACUGCGCGUACCUGGUGGCCUACGAGCCGGGGCUCCUGCCGGACGACCAGUCGUGGACAGAGAAGGCUUACAGGGGCAUCAGGGCGGAGAUCGACGGCUUCUUCCGGGGUUGCCUCACCACCACGAAACGCCGGGACCGAGGCCUCGGGGAAUCCACGGCGAUGGAGAAGGGCGUGAUGCUGGCCAAGGAGCUUGAGCGUGCGACCGUCAGCUGCACGUCGGCGCACGUGGGUAGUUGA